UCAUCUGGACACAGUUCAUUCUCAUCCAGCAGGGGGCAACCUUCUGUAUAAUUGUGACUAAAAUCUCAUUCUGUACGACACUGAGCCAGGGUUCUGCCUUUGUGCACGGACCGCUUUUGGAAUAGAGUGAUUGUGUCAGAAGUUUCAAAGCUUUUCAUCAUGGCGAGUCAGUCGAUGGAGAUCAUGGCCAAAGCGCUGGAGCAGCAAGUGCUGCAGUCAGCCAGGAUGGUGGAGGAGCAGUUGGACAAAGAGCUGGGGAAGCUGGAGCGCAUGGAUGACGACGAGAUGGAAAGGCUGAAGGAGAGGAGGAUGGAGGCCCUCAAGAAAUCCCAGAAACAGAAGCAGGAGUGGCUGUCUAAAGGGCAUGGGGAGUAUAAGGAAAUCCCCAGUGAGAAAGAUUUCUUCCCAGAGGUGAAGGAGAGCAAUCGUGUGGUCUGCCAUUUCUACAGAGACUCCACUUUCAGAUGCAAGAUCCUGGACAAGCACCUGGGCAUCCUGGCCAAGAAGCACCUGGAGACUAAGUUCAUCAAGCUGAAUGUGGACAAGGCGCCGUUCCUGACAGAGAGGCUGCGGAUCAAGGUGAUUCCCACGUUGGCGCUGGUUAAGGACGGGAAGACCAAGGAUUACGUGGUGGGAUUCACCGACCUGGGGAACACGGACGAGUUCUCCACAGAGGUGCUGGAGUGGAGAUUGGGCUGCUCUGACGUCAUCAACUACAGUGGUAACCUAAUGGAGCCCCCCACCCUGACACAGAAAUCUGGUUCAAAGUUCACCAAGGUGGAGAAGACCAUCAGAGGGAGAGGACACGAUUCAGACUCUGGUUCUGAAGAUGACUAGAAGACUGUCAGCCUUCAACCUCUGUCUCUCAGGGCUAAUACCCACUAACUGGCAGAACCAUCUCCUCCAGUUUUAUCAAUUUCCUUUUCCCCCUCCUGUAAUUUCCUUAUUUAUUAUAGUCUUCCAUGCUUUAGUUUUCCAUUUAUAUUAUGGAUGAAAUUCUGACUUAUUUUGUUUGGACUUUAAAUCAUAUUUUAGGUCAUUUAUAUUCGACUGGCAAGUAAAAGGAGGAUUCCUGUCUGAGUCACUGAACUCUUUCUGCUCUGACUGGCUCCCCUUGAAAUGGUUCUGUGCAGAAAUGUUUCAUUUGAUUCCAAUUGAAGUGUAAAACCUGAGCUUCAGCCUUGAUGCAGUUACCCUGUAUCAUAACAGAUUUGAUUCUAAUUUAUGGACUUGCAUUUUUAACAAAGAACCAUCCUUACGAACAGUAAAGCUUGCUACAUUAACAUCGAUCCAUGUCAUUUGCCUUUGUUGAACCGAUGUGUGGGCGAACUCAACCAGCGGUUCAGUAGCAACAACCAAGUGCCAGUUUCAUUCCACAAUCGCCAUCCUCCAUUCCAGUCUUGUCAGUGUGUGAUGGUAGCACAGGUUUGAGGUUUUCUAUAAAAAUGAGCUUGAUCUUAAUAAAAUAAGCUGAUCAUCACUGGCGCGUUGUUGCAUUUC